AUGCCGAAUGCAGGCGACGCCAGUGGCAUUCCUGAACUGGACCAAGAUAAAUAUGAUGCCGAUGAAGAAGUCACGAUAAUCUGCCUUGGCGACAGUGCAGUGGGAAAAUCCAAGUUGAUGGAGAGGUUUCUGAUAGACGGAUUUCAUCCCCAGCAGCUGUCAACCUAUGCCCUGACACUCUACAAAUACACUACCACCAUUGACAGCAAGGCUGUAUUAGUAGACUUCUGGGAUACGGCCGGACAGGAGAGGUUCCAGAGAAUGCAUCCCUCGUAUUACCAUAAGGCUCACGCCUGUAUCAUGGUGUUUAAUGUUCAGAGGAAGUUCACUUAUAAGAACCUGACCAGCUGGUAUACAGGGCUGAGAGAGUACAGGCCUGAGAGACCCUGUGUGGUGGUGGCUAAUAAUAUUUUAUCUGAUAUGAAGGUGAUCCAGAGGAAAUUUAACUUUGCCAAGAAGCAGGGACUUCCUUUGUACUUUGUAUCUGCUGCUGAUGGGAACAAUGUAGUCAAGAUGUUCAAAGAAUCAAUCAAAAUGGCAAUGUCUUACAAGCAGAACUCUAGUGACUUCAUGGAUGAAGUAAUGCAGGAGCUGGAGCAUGGGUUUGCAUCUGUAUAA